AUGAUUGCAGGCGAGCCGGAACCUCGACGCUCGGUGCGCAGCACGAAAGGGCAGCACAAGGCACUCGACCAGCUAGAAACUCCCGCUGUCGACACAAAGAAGCGCGGCAAGAAGGGCAAGAAGGCCAUUGAAAAAACCGAGGAACCUGAGGAGGAAAUCAUACGUUGUGUCUGCGGAGCGACAGAGCAAGAUGAGGACUCGGGCGAGCCUUGGAUUGCGUGCGACAAGUGCGGCGCCUGGCAACACAACGUCUGCAUGGGCAUGAGCGUCUACUCCGAGGACCUGCCCAGCGACUACUUCUGCGAGCAGUGCAAGCCGGAAGACCACAAAGAACUGCUCGAGGGCAUCGCAAAGGGCGAGAAGCCUUGGGAAGCAAGACGCCGGGCUUAUGAGGAGGAGCAAGCCGAGAAGAAGAAGAAGAAGGGUUCCAAAAAGGGCAAGAAGCGCCAGAGCGAUUCUCAAGAUGAGCCGCAAUCAUCCCAGAAGUCCAAGGCAUCCCCAGCCCCAGAGAAGAAAGCAAUGACAUCCAAGAUACUGACGGCGGGGACAAAGCGAAAAGACCGAGACGGUUCCCAAGACAAGGAUGCCAAGGCAACCCCAAAGAUGCGCAAGGUCUCUGAGACCAAGGUCAUGCCCGUUCCACCACCAUACAACCCACCUGAUGACCUCCCGGACAAGAUUACUGAGCUUCCCCAGCCGCGUCAAGGCCCGGCCCAAGCACUUAUGAAGUCUUUGGUAGUCGCGGUUAAUUCCGCCGAGAAAAAGAAGGUGUACAGCCCGGCUGAUGGUGUAUCCAACGAGUCGAGGGCUGAGCGACUGUCAAUUGCGAUCGAGCGAGCGGUUCAUGACACACAUCCAAAUCACAAGGAAUAUACCGCUCAGGUCCGGACUUUGACAUUCAACUUGAAGAAAAAUCAGGAGCUCUGCGAGCGGCUACUCAACCACACGCUCACUCCGCCAAUGCUCGCUGCCAUGACCACAGAGGAGCUAGCUUCCGAGGAUUUGCAGCGAGAGACCGCCGAGAUGAAGGCGCGGGCAGAGAAGCAAUCUAUAUUGAUCACAGAAGAGGGACCGCGCAUGAGGCGCACACACAAGGGUGAUGAAAUGGUUGCGGAUGAUAACUUUGCCAUUCCUAGCGAUGAAACACCGUCCGUUGCGCGUCGACCAAGUGUCCGAGAACCUCUCGGAGAUUUGGCAAGGCCGUCAGAAUCCGAUCAGUCGCGGGACGCUGCUGCGCCUACAGUGGAUACCACUCAACGUUCAACAUCAGGGGAUGCUAUGCAGAUCGAUACCCAGCACUCCCCAAGCGCUAACAACUUCGACAUUAAGAAGGUUUUCUCAAGCGUGAAGUCCCCCACCGCAGGCCACAAUCGCCGACCAUCUGCUCCUGCACCUCUCAGCGGCCCAGGUGAUGAUCCGGACGUUGAUCGUUUGCUAGAGGAGGACGGCAAUGACUCGCCACCGUACUCUCCGUCUGAGGAGACAGACCCUGAUGUCGUAUGGCGAGGAUACCUCACAAUGCCCUCAGUAGCCAAUUUCCAGGCAACGGCAAAAUAUGCUGGCGGUGCCAAUCUUGCCAGGACUAUUGGCUUGCCGUGGAGCACUCUCAUCCCUAAGCGUUUGAAGGUUGCUGGACGGAUAUCUGAAGAAAAUGCAACCGAGUACCUUUGUGGCUUACGCUACAGCGCCCCCACGGACAUUGUUGUUGCAAGCCUUACACCGGCAACAGACGCUUCGAAAGCGGAUUUCGACGCGUUGGUGAACUACUUUGUAUCUAAGAAAAGAAGAUAA